AUGAUAGCGUUCCGACCGAGAUUACGCAUGUUUUCUGCUCUUCGAGCUGCCCCAGCUGUUCGAAGCUAUGCGACGGAGGCGCGGUUAACUUCGGACCAUGUCCGCAUCGUCGAAGUUGGUCCACGAGAUGGGCUGCAAAAUGAAAAGAAAUCUAUCCCACUUGAGACAAAACUCCAGCUCAUUAAGAAGCUGGCAAAUACAGGCGUGACAACAAUUGAGGCUGGCUCCUUCGUCCCUGCGAAAUGGGUACCACAGAUGGCUAGCACAGCGGAAAUUUGUGAAUCUCUCCUUCAGACCCCGCCAGAGUCACGCCAUGCAAUCGCAUAUAACUACCUAGUGCCCAAUGUCAAGGGGCUUGAGAAUCUCAUCAAAAUCAUGGACUCGACAGGUGUUCCUGCAGAGUCGACCGGGUCGGAAUCAAAGCCUCCCACUACUACAGAGGUCUCGCUUUUUGCUGCAGCAACAGAGGCAUUCUCCAAGGCAAAUACCAACUGCACUAUCGACGAGUCUUUACAACGCAUUAACCCUAUUGUGUCGCUGGCAAAGACGAAAAAUAUCAGAGUCCGAGGUUACGUAUCCGUCGCCCUCGGCUGUCCAUAUGAAGGCCCCGAUGUUUCACCAGCGAAGGUCGCUGAUAUCACAGCCUCCCUGCUUGAAAUGGGAGCCGACGAGGUGUCCGUUGCGGAUACCACAGGCAUGGGAACGGCUCCCCGUACACUCGAGCUGCUCCAGGCACUCAAGGCGGCCGGGAUUCAACCCAAUGAUCUGGCACUCCAUUUCCAUGACACAUAUGGCCAAGCCCUGGUCAAUACAAUUGUGGGUUUAGAACAUGGGAUUCGGAUAUUCGACAGUAGCGUUGGUGGUCUUGGUGGCUGCCCAUACUCUAAAGGUGCGACUGGGAACGUCUCGACAGAAGAUCUUGUCCACACUCUCCAUGGUCUCGGUAUGCAUACCGGCAUUAGCCUAGAGGAGAUGUCAAGAAUUGGUUCCUGGAUUAGUGGCGAGUUGGGCCGCGUUAACGAGAGUAGGGCUGGUAAGGCGACCCUUGCAAGACUCUAG